AUGCUAGGGAUUCGAUCAGCCUGGAAGGACGAUCUGCAAUCCACCGCCGCAGAAAUGGUAUACGGUGAACCCCUACGCCUUCCAGGAGAAUUUCUAGCUAAAACAACGCCCGAAACUAGCACCACAUCGCAGUUUGUACAACAACUGCGGCAACACGUGCGACAAUUACAACCCGUACACGGCACCAGGCACGGCGAGAGGACACCGUUCAUCUUCAAGGACCUCGCAACCACAAGCCAGGUGUUUGUGCGCCAUGACGGGCCAAAAGGACCACUCCAGCAACCGUACGAUGGUCCAUUCAAGGUUGUAUCACGAGCGGAAAAGACGUUCGUGGUAUGUAUUCGCGGGAAGAACGUCAAGAUAGCAAUAAACCGUCUAAAACCUGCGUAUGUUGUUGCCGACCUGGACGACUACAACACCAACGACGAGAGGUCCAUCGAGAUCCAACAAACUCCGAUCGUUCCAGAGCAUCCAGCUACCUUACCGACCUUACCGCCACCCGUAGAUGGCACAGAUAUUCCGUGGGUUUCCUGUCUCCCAAAUCUCCUGGCUCGAGGAGUCGCUUCAUCCGUGUUUCUUGGGAGAUGCCCAGCCGACGAAUGA